UCAUGGUUAAAUGUUUCUUCUGCUUGCUUGGGGAGAAAAAGGAUUAACCGAGUAGCAGUGAUCCGCAACCACACCCUCUUUCUUUUGCCUAUAAAAGGGGCUCCGGAGCUCACAUUGAAAGCAAGGGAUCUGAACAUUCCUUGGGUGGUGCACUGGUGGUUAGGCGAAAUGAAGCAAAAAAUGGCAUCUGCUCUCACUGUCAUGUUCUUGGGCUUGUUUGUUCUGCCUUCUGUCAUCGAUGCCUUCGUUCCUCGGAGGCCUAUCGAUGUGCCAUUUCAAAAAAAUUAUGUGCCAACUUGGGCGCAGGACCAUAUCAAGUACAUCAAUGGGGGUUCUGAAGUGCAACUCAUGCUAGACAAGUACACAGGUACCGGUUUCCAGUCUAGGGGCUCAUACUUGUUCGGCCACUUCAGUAUGCAAAUAAAGCUGGUCCCCGGGGACUCUGCAGGAACAGUUACUGCUUUCUAUCUCUCCUCUCAAAACUCGGAGCACGAUGAGAUAGACUUCGAGUUCUUGGGGAACAGGACCAAUCAGCCAUACAUAUUACAGACCAACGUCUUCACUGGUGGCAAGGGAGAUAGAGAACAGAGGAUCUACCUCUGGUUUGACCCCACCAAAGACUACCACUCUUACUCUGUUUUGUGGAACACGUACCAGAUUGUUUUCUUUGUAGAUGAUGUGCCCAUCAGGAUAUUCAAGAACUGCAAGGACAUAGGAGUCAGAUUCCCCUUCGAGCAACCAAUGAAAAUAUACUCCAGCCUCUGGAACGCCGAUGACUGGGCAACAAGAGGUGGGCUGGAGAAGACGGAUUGGAGUAAGGCACCAUUUGUGGCAUCGUACAGGAGUUUCCACAUCGAUGGCUGUGAAGCAUCUGUAAACGAGAAGGUCUGCGCGACACAGGGCAUGAGGUGGUGGGACCAAAAGGAGUUUCAGGAUCUUGAUGGCUUGCAGUAUAGGAAGCUAAGCUGGGUCAGGCAGAAAUACACCAUCUACAAUUACUGCACAGACAGGGCCAGGAUUCAUACAAUGCCACCAGAGUGUGCCAGGGAUAAGGAUGUGUAGCAAUGUGAUGCUCUCCUCAAGCUGUCCUUUUCUACAAUAUACGUUACAUCCUAUUGGUUUGUGGGUCUUUCAAUAGAGGGCCUUAUGUGCCGUGUUGUAUUAUGAUUUUAUGAAGGUGGGUGUGGUUCGCAGCCUCUGUUUGGCUCUUGUGUCGACGGAAAACUGUCUUUGGAUCUUCCUAAUGCAAAUAGCAUGUGGUUAUCCUAUUCAUGUGCCAUUUACAGUAAAGCUUUUAGUGUAUUGUUUCUCUGUCA